UAGUCAACUUAAGCUGCAUUUCAUUCACAAAUCCAAGAAACAAAAAAAGUGUUUAAAUAUUUAUGGUUCAUGUAGUAAAGAGUAUUGAUUUCAGACAGCUAUUACUGAUGGCUGCUUGACCCCACACACUUACCUGCUUAUUCAUGGCACCCCAACUCCCCUUCUUCUCUCUUCACUCUCCUUUCUUUAUUACUUGAAACCCCACCUCCUCUCUCUUUUUUCUAACUUCAACUUCUAAUCCUAAGCUUCCACUCAAACCAUCUCUAUCUCUCUCAGCUUCCUCAACUCUUUCAUAUAUAAAUACAAUUUCAUUGUGCACACAUUUUUGGGGUUUUGUUUAGCAGGCAUGAGAGAAUUGGUGGUGCAAAGUCUGUGUGUAUAUCUCAAUCUGCUCAUUGUGCUUAUAUGCCUAUCCGGAUCCUGUUGCAAUUCAUUGCAUAGUGCGAGCCCUGCGAUACUGAAUGGAAAUGAACCUCUAUUGCCUGUAACCUCCCCUACUGCAGCUCCUCAGCCAUUUCUUCCUCUGUUAGCUCCUUCUCCAUUGGGACCAUUUACAAAUAGCAGUGUACCAAAGUUAUCAGGACAAUGUUUGCUAGACUUCGGUGCUGCUCAGAGCAUGAUGAGUGAUGCGUCCAUCGAUUGUGUUGCAACAUUUGCACCAUAUCUUGCUAAUGUGGUAUGUUGUCCACAGGUGGAAGCGACUUUAACAGUCCUUAUUGGUCAAUCAAGUAAAUUUAGCAAAGAGCUUGCUUUGAACGGAACAUCUGCAAAACAUUGCCUCUCAGAUUUUCAGCAAAUUUUAGUGAGUCAGGGCGCAAACAAUAGUUUGCAACAGAUAUGCUCAAUUCAUGCAUCAAACCUCACAGAAGGUUCUUGCCCGGUCAAAGAUGUUGAUGAAUUUGAGAGCAUAGUGGAUACAUCUAACCUUAUCAGCUCCUGUGAAAAGAUUGAUCUCGUCAAUGAAUGUUGUGAGCAAGUUUGUCAGAAUGCUAUAUCAGAAGCUGCAAAAAAACUUGCAUUAAAAGCUUAUGAUCUUAUGAACAUUGAUGGACAUCAUGCAGUGACUGACCAGUCAACUAGGGAUGGUGAUUGCAGAAAUAUUGUACUCCGAUGGUUGGCAAACAAACACAAUCCUUCUCAAGCAAAAAAGGUCCUCAGAGGACUAUCCAAUUGCAAGAUAAACAAAGUUUGUCCAUUGGUUUUCCCCGAUGUGAGCCCUGUUACGAAAGGUUGUCAUGAUGGGGUAAGUGACCAAAGAGCAUGCUGUAAUGCAUUAGCAGGCUAUGCAUCUCGUUUGCAGAAACAGAGCUUCACAACCAACUUGCAAGCUUUAGACUGUGCUGCAACACUUGGAAUGAAACUUCAGAAAGAAAAUAUCACCAAAAAUGUUUAUGAGCUGUGCCACAUUAGCCUUAAGGAUUUUUCCCUCCAAGUUGGACCAAAAGAGUCAGGAUGCCUUUUGCCUAGCAUGCCAUCAGAUGUAAUAUUAGACCAAUAUUCGGGGAUCAGCUUUCUUUGUGAUUUGAAUGAUAACAUCCCUGCUCCAUGGCCAUCUACUUCUCAGUUGCCAGCUCAAUCAUGCAAUAAGACUAUCAAAAUUCCGGCACUUCCUGCAGCAGCAUCCGGACAGAGAAGUAUUUACAGCAAAGAUGUGAAAUAUUUCCUACUCAUUGUUGCCUCGGUGGUUCUGACCAUAAUUCUGUGAAAUCAGUCCAAUCAGUCCGGUUUUAUACUCAUUUUUCCGUGGUGAGAAAUUAUUCCUUUCUGCCUGAUCAAUGUAAGACGGUUUGGUGCUCUAGAAGAAAAUCAAAUGUAGUUGCACUGAUGAAGGAAGGUUUAAUCCAUGUUAAGCACGCCAAACAGAGGAAAGUCUUGUGCUAUAAAGUGAUUCUACUGGAGAUGAAUUCAUUUGAAGUCCUACCAUAUAUAGAUAGUUUAAUAUUCUUUCCCCAUAAACAGGUUUAAAUUCCCGUCAUGAAUCUUACAAUUGUUUGCCACCCUUUGUACCAAGAUGUCGGAGUUAAAUUCAAACUUCGGUAGUGAUUGAAGAGUGCAUGUUCUAUUAUUUUGUCAAAAAUUAGCAAAACAAAAGUGUAUGAAUAGCUAUGUAAUUAUUAUAACAUGAAUUUGGUGCAUUUGAGAGGAGAAAAGGCCAAGGGCUAAAAGUUUGUCCGAUGCAACUCCUCAUUGUAUAGAUUAAUGGAUUAUGCAGUGAGUGUAAAAUAUUCUGCAUCUGAUCUUGUACUUUCUCGGGUAUUCAUGUUGUAUAUUGCUUUCA